AUGUCUUAUCAUGUUACAAAUAGGUCACAAUCAUCUUCCUCUCAACCGCCUCUCGUCCAAAAACUAACGGAUGAUCCUGUAAACCCCAAGAAUGCUCAAAGUAGCGUUACGUGUGUUUAUCAGUCUCAUAUUGGGGGCUAUUGGCGUAACGUGACUGUUAUAUGGAGCAAGAAUCUAAUGAAUCAUUCGGUGACCCUCACGGUUGAUAGCGUGGAAAGUGAUUAUCAUCAAACAUGUAAGAUUGAUCUUAAACCUUGGCAUUUUUGGGCCAAAAAAGGAUACAAGACCUUUGAGGUUGAUGGGAAUCAAUUGGAGGCUUAUUGGGAUCUAAGAUCAGCAAAAUUUUCUGGAAGUCCAGAACCAUGUUCAGAUUUUUACGUUGCCUUGGUUUCCGAAGAAGAGGUUGUGUUGUUGUUAGGGGAUUACAAGAAAAAAGCCUACAAGAAAACUAAAUCAAGGCCAGCCUUGGUGGAUGCCCUGUUGUUUUACAAGAAAGAACAUGUAUUUGGUAAGAAGAGUUUCUCAACAAGAGUUAAAUUUGAUCAAAGGAAACAAGAAAGUGACAUUGUGGUAGAGAGCUCAACAACAGGGCCCAGGGAUCCUGAAAUGUGGAUAAGCAUAGAUGGGAUUGUUUUGAUUCACAUAAAAAACUUGCAGUGGAAAUUCAGGGGAAACGAAACCGUCUUAGUGAACAAACAACCCGUGCAAGUCUUCUGGGACGUGCACGCUUGGUUGUUCUGUUCACCAGGGUCGGGUCAUGGCCUGUUUAUUUUCAAGCCAGGGGCAUCUGAGGAUGACAGUGACAGGGAAGGGAGUAGCGUGGGUGGUGGUAGCGAUUGCAGUGACCAUAGCAAGUAUUAUUCGACGUUAAGCUACUCUAAAGCAUCACCAUUUUGUCUCUUCUUGUAUGCAUGGAAAAUUGAGUGA